AAAUUAUUUCCUAAUCGAAACCGAGGAAAUAAACCUUCCCGACCUAACCUGCGAUACCUUGGGAUCCAUAUCGCGGGAGAUUGGGAGUGGUAGGCGAUUACAGUGGAGCCUCGGCGAAUAGCAGAUACGAGAGGAUUGGGGGAAUUACUUUGUCGGAUGUAGGAAGAGAUCAUAGAAGUCGAGUAAAGUGAAAGAUAAUGAUGAUUAGCAGCAACAGAAUUAGCAAUAAGGAUGAAGAAGCUGAUGAUGACAAACAGAGGGAGUGGUCGGAUCUGUGUGAGGACCUCUUGUCUUCCAUACUCUCACGGUUAGCCAUUGGAGACUAUCUUACUUUCAAGUCGGUAUGUAAAUCAUGGAAAGCAGCAACUCUGCAUCCUCUUCCGUCAUCACUGUCAUUACUUGAUCACUGCCCGCAUGAUAAGGACUCAUACCAUGACCCAUAUCUCAUGUACUUCACCAGCAAAACCGGCUUCUUCAACUUCCAUGAUCCAACACGUAAUGCCACUUAUUCACUUAGCAUUCCUCCCUUGUUGGAUGAUGAAAUUGGUGAAGUUGAACUUUUUUACGCAAGUCAUGGCUGGUUGCUUCUUGGUAAAGGUAGGGAGUCAUAUUUUUUCUAUAACCCGUCAACCAAGGUUAAAAUAGACCUCCCUGACACGCUCGAACCGUUGGAGUGGGCAUGUUUUUCUGGAUCCCCAACAUCUGCCUGCUGUAAAGUAUAUGGCAUUUAUAGCUGCCAUACAUCUAUCACUCUAAUUGCAACGUUACAAUUGGGUGAGACACGUUGGUCAAUGUAUUACCCUGAGAGUGUAGGAGACAUUUUUUUUGGUUCCAAUUGCUCCCCUGUUGUGCGCAAUGGAUUCAUUUAUGUUCUAGGGGAAUCUGGAAAUCUAGGAAAGUUUUGGCUUACGUCCAAGGGGUUGGAGGAACUGUAUAACUGGAAGAUCAUUGGCAAGCAUAAUCAAAAACAGUUUUUAAAAUUUCAAGAUCGGUUUCUCUUGGAGAGUGACGGCAAUCUAAUAUGUGUUGCAACUCUUGAGGGCGGUGAAGUUCGGGUGUUGAGGUUCGAUGAUUAUAAUAAGAUUUGGCGGAAGUUAGAGAAUCUAAAUGGGAAAUCAUUUUAUGUUUCUCAUAGGACAUCCAUAUCGCGGAAAACAACCGUUAGCGGGACAGGAAACAAGAUCUUCUUUCCGAGGUUUUACGACGCUAAAGGGUUAUUUUAUUGCCUUGCAUCGAAGAAGUGGCACAACUUUCCCGAGAGUUUUUCAAGUGAAAAUUAUUACAACACAAGAGGAAUAGUUCACUGCGUUUGGACUGAACUUCCUCAUCUUUCUGGGUGUGUUGCAUAAUCUGCAUUUAGUUUCAUUCUUUGAAUUGUUUUGUUCUAUUUAGGAAAAAUUGAUAGUAAUAAUCCCAACUAUUGGCGGUCCGCUCAUAAUAAUCCCAACUAUUGAUUAUUACAGAAUAAUCCCAACUUUAGGGACCUUCCGCCAAUAAUGGUCCCUAUGAAUAAAUUCUUGUAGUUUCUAAAGUGAAUGAGAUAAGAUAUAACGAGUAAUCCCUAUAAAUAAUCUCAACUUUUAAUUUUUACGCUUAAUUUCUAUUUAAAAUUCACUUUUUAUAGAGGUAAUAUAUGGUCAUGGACCAUUAUUGGCGGAUAGUCUAUAUAGUUGGGAUUAUACAAAAAUAAUCAAUAGUUGGGAUUAUUUUCAGCGGACCAGCAAUAGUUGGGAUUAUUAUUUUUAAUUUUUCCUUCUAUUUAUGUCUUUAUCUUUUAGCUAGUAGCUCACCCAUGCGAUGCACGGCAAAAAGCUUUAAUACAUAUAGUUAAAUAAACAUUCUCAAAAAGCAUAUUGUUGCAUCAAUUAAAACAAAUAAGUUGAAUAACAAACAUUAGCUUUACAAAUUUUGAAAAACUUCUUUGUAGACAAUAUUUGUAAUGUAAUUAUAAACUAUAUGUAAACCAAAUGCUCUCGUGAUGUAAAUCAUAAACAAAAUACCUAACACAU